AUGUUUACACAACGAAGAGACAAAAUCGGGGGACAGAAGCGCCAGACGGCGAGCACAGCUAGGCCACAGGUGCGACAAGCUACGGUGACGAGUUUUUUCGGGAAAAAACCGGCCUCUCGGCGGCUGGCGGGAAGUUCAGAAAUAGCCGCCGAGACCGGGCGAUCGCCGGUGAUGGCGCUUCGGCAGCGUCAGAGACCGCUUUUCGAGUCGCAGGGGUCUUUCGACGAGGACGACAACGCGGGCGAAGCAGCAUUGUCGUUGCUGAUGCAGGAGACGCCCUUGCAAAACUUCAAAGCGCGCCUGCAGCCUGCGAAAAAAUCACCAGCAGCAGUAACAGCGCCCUCCACGGCGCUGCAAAGCAGUUCCAGUGGUCUAAGUGCCCUGAGUCGAUCCACAACGGCCACAAGCACUAGCAGUGCCGUUUUCGCGUCAGGAUCGGCGUCUGUCGCGGUCAAACGUUCGGCAGUGUCUGAGUUUUCGUUUUCCUUCAAAAAAAAACGGAAACCGGUCCGAGGCACGUCAACGGGGGCGCCUCACACGCCAGGCACGCUGAAGAGCGAGCCCGCACUCGAAUUGACCGCAGAACAGCGUCGUGUGAUCGAUCUGAUUGUCAACCAGCGCAAAAACGUGUUCUACACCGGGUCUGCAGGAACCGGUAAGUCGGUGGUGCUGCGAGAACUGGUCAAGCAGCUCCGGGCGCGCUACGGUGAAUCGGCGGUGGCUAUUACGGCGUCGACAGGCCUGGCUGCCGUCAACAUCGGCGGUAUCACUGUCAACAGAUUUUCGGGCAUCAACAUCGGUAUGGGCAGCGUGCAAAAACUGGCUGCACAGGUCAACCGCAACAAGAACAAUAGCGAGCGGUGGAAGCGAACUAGCGUGUUAAUCGUCGACGAAGUCUCGAUGAUUGACGGCAGGUUUUUGGACAAGAUGGACUACGUGGCACGAGACGUACGGCGAACGCCAAACAAGCCUUUCGGUGGCAUUCAGCUGGUUCUUACGGGAGACUUUUUCCAACUGCCUCCGGUUGCUGAUAGAGACCCUCGCGCAGAGAGGCCCACUUUCUGCUUUGAGAGCAAAGUCUGGAAACAAGCGAUCGACAACACUAUCCGUCUAACCCAGGUUUUCCGGCAAAAAGACCCUGAGCUUGUGGAGCUCUUAAAUAGCAUCAGAUUUGGCGACAUCAACCGCCAAAUCGUUCAGCAGAUCAAAAGGUAUGAAAGAGAAGUUGAAUACUCCGAUGGCAUUAUGCCUACAGAACUGUACCCGACGCGGCGCGAAGUUGACAUGUCCAAUAAGCGAAUGCUGGAUAGACUGGCAGGCGAGGUCAAGAUUUUCCAGGCACAGGACCAAACCACUAGCGAUAACCCGCAUCUGCUGAAGAUUUUGGACUCGUUGAUGGUUGACAAGCAUUUAGCAUUGAAGGAAGACGCACAGGUAAUGAUGGUCAAGAACGUAGAUGAAACACUGGUGAACGGUUCGGUCGGAAAGCUCUUGUUUUUCACUACUGAGCUGCUUUACUUGAAAAUAUUAGAGCUAUAUCCUUCUACUAAGCUCUCUGACCCGUCCCUAGUUCUUGAUAUGAGGCUACUGGAUCGGUGCAUCGGGCUAGCGCCGCACAACUACCCUAGUGACGUUCAAGCCGAACUCAACAACAGAUCUUUCCACAGAGCGGAAAAUCUAAGACUACUACUAAAAAUUGCCGAACGUGAGAACAAACUUUGCUCGUAUCCACUCAUUCGGUUUACAACCCCCACCAGUGCUUUCAGGUUCGAACUAAUAUCGCCCACGGAAUUCACGGUUGAUGUACCAGCUCAGAAGACAAGUGUCAGCAGAACGCAACUACCGCUCAUACUGUGUUGGGCAUUGUCCAUUCACAAAGCUCAAGGCCAAACAAUCGACAGAUUAAAAGUUGAUCUAAAAAAAGUUUUCGAGGAAGGCCAGGUUUACGUGGCUUUGUCAAGAGCGGUUUGUAAAGACCGCUUGCAGAUUGUAAAUUUCGACCCACGAGCCAUCAAGGCCAACGACAAAGUCAAGAACUUCUACAAGACUUUGGAGAUCGUUUCGGCAUGA